AUGCGUUUCGACAUUGCUGCCACUGCCACCACCCUCCUCGCGGCCGUUGCCUCCGCCUCCCCGGCCGCUGUCCACCAGACCCGCGACACCGACCUCAGCCAGGUCCCCGUCAUGAGCCUCGUCAAGGCCCUGGUGCACAAGCUGCCCGUCGCUGCCGACGUGUCCCAGCUAAACCCCCAGUCCGGCAAUGUGGGCGUGGGCGUCAGCGCUGAUCUGAGCAAGAUCCCUAUGCUCGGCUCUCUGCCUCCGUUUGACCGUACCAUCACUGUGAACGUCAGUGUUGGUGGUCUGUCUGGUCUGCUGCCUUCUAGCUAUUGA